GUCACACUGCCGCCAUUGCGAUAGACAUCGAUAGCCGUUCCAGCACUAAUACUCACGAUAAACACCACCUCUAUUUCUGGCAUCGGCAAUUAUUUCCCUAGGUUUAUUAUUUUUUUGUUAAGCGUAUUGCUUGUGCUCGUGCUGUCGCCAUAAUGUGUGCAAUGUGUGGCUGCCAGUGGUGCCAGUGCUGAAGGUGUAUCGCUUGUGCGCAUCUCGAUUUGGCCAUACAAAUCCAAUUGAAUCCCAGUUUCCCAGUCGCGUCCGCUGCUAUGCGUGUGUGUGUGUGUGCGUGCGUGCCCAUGUCCCUGCAUGUGUGUGUGUGAGUGAGAUCGGGAAGAAGUUGUGUGCUGCUGUUGUUGUUGCUGUUGCUGUCGGAUUUGCCGUUGCCAUCGUUUGUUGUUUGUGCAUUUUCCAUUGUCGGGCGACGCAACAGAAGGAAAAAAUUACAAAUUAAAAAUAGAGAGCAAGAGCGAGAGGGAAGGAGUGGUGUGGAGUGGAAAAGGGCGGUAAAAGGGCAGAAAUUUGGAGCACGGGAAAUCCGAGUCGCUGAAGAUGUUCUCGAAGAAGAAAAAGAAACCGCUGAUCUCGAUGCCCAGCAAUUUUGAGCAUCGUGUGCACACGGGCUUCGACAAGCGGGAGAACAAAUAUGUUGGCCUGCCCCUCCAAUGGGCGUCCAUUGUGGGCAACAAUCAGAUACUCAAGUCCUCCAACCGCCCGCUGCCACUGGUCGAUCCCUCGGAGAUUACGCCCACCGAGAUUCUCGAUCUGAAGACCAUUGUGCGUCCGCAUCACAACAACAACAAGGCGGACACCACCUCGCUCAACAGCAGCAGCACCAUGAUGAUGGGCUCAAUGGCGCCGAUGAAUCCGAUGGCACCUGGCGCACACCCAAUGAUGAGCCAUGGCCCCGGAAUGAUGAUGCCACCCGAGACGGGCGGCAUAGUCCUCCCGAAGACCUCUCACGUGGCCAGAUCCAAUUCGCUGCGGAGCUCCAGUCCGCCGCGAGUGCGACGGGUGGCCAAUGUGCCGCCAUCGGUGCCGGAGGAGGAGGGACCACCGACAGCUGGAACACCGGGAGCAGGUGGAGCUACUAGCGGUGGCUUUAAGCCACCCGGUGCCCAUCCCUCCCUGCUCUAUAACAGUCAGCAUGCGCACGCGAAUGGAGCAACAGGACCACUGGCCGUGCGCACGGAUCAAACCAACCUGCAGCAGUAUCGCAGCAAUCUGGCCCCGCCAUCCGGCGGCUCCAUGCCCCAGCAACAGCAGACUUCGCCCGUGGGCUCGGUGGCCAGUGGCACGCGAUCCAAUCACUCGCACACGAACAAUGGCAACACCGGCGGCAGCUAUCCUCCCAUGUAUCCCACAAACCAUCAGCAGCAGCAACAGCAGGCCAAACAGGGUGGCGAUCAGAACCAAAAUCCUCUGCAUCCGCAUGCACAUCCGCAUCCGCACCAUCACCAACACCUGGCCAAGUCGGCUUCCAGGGCAUCCAGUUCCAGCGGGGGAGCGAGCAGUGCUGCCCAGCAGGCGAGCGGCGCCAGUGGAGGAGCGGCGGGUCAGCCCAAGCAGGACCAACGCCUCACCCACGAACAGUUCCGUGCCGCCCUGCAGAUGGUGGUCUCCGCCGGUGAUCCGCGCGAGAACCUCGACCACUUCAACAAAAUAGGCGAGGGCUCCACGGGCACCGUAUGCAUUGCCACGGACAAAUCCACAGGUCGCCAGGUGGCCGUGAAGAAGAUGGAUCUGCGCAAACAGCAGCGACGGGAGCUGUUGUUCAACGAGGUCGUCAUCAUGCGGGACUACCAUCAUCCCAAUAUCGUGGAGACAUACUCCAGCUUUCUGGUCAACGAUGAGCUGUGGGUGGUGAUGGAGUACCUCGAGGGCGGCGCCCUCACCGAUAUUGUCACCCAUUCGCGCAUGGACGAGGAGCAGAUAGCCACCGUCUGCAAGCAAUGCUUGAAGGCUUUGGCCUAUUUGCACUCACAGGGCGUCAUCCAUCGCGACAUCAAGUCGGACUCGAUUCUGCUGGCCGCCGAUGGUCGCGUGAAGCUGUCGGACUUUGGAUUCUGCGCCCAGGUGUCCCAGGAGCUGCCGAAGCGCAAGAGUCUGGUUGGCACGCCGUACUGGAUGUCGCCGGAGGUCAUAUCGCGCCUGCCGUACGGCCCGGAAGUGGAUAUCUGGUCGCUGGGCAUCAUGGUCAUCGAGAUGGUGGACGGCGAGCCGCCCUUCUUCAACGAACCGCCGCUGCAGGCGAUGCGCCGCAUCCGUGACAUGCAGCCGCCGAACCUGAAGAACGCCCACAAGGUCUCGCCGCGCCUGCAGUCCUUCCUCGACCGGAUGCUGGUGCGGGAUCCGGCGCAGCGUGCCACCGCCGCCGAGCUGCUGGCCCAUCCCUUCCUGCGCCAGGCGGGACCGCCGUCGCUGCUGGUUCCGCUGAUGCGCAAUGCGCGACACCAUCCGUAGUUGGAUGCCACAGCGCACGCUGACUGGACAAACCAGACGAUCCGGCUGCUCGAUGAAAGCAAUCAUUCCCACAGACAACGGACCCCGGCCCGUGGGCAUCCAUCUAUUAAAUUCUAGUAUUAACAUUCUGUUUGGCAGCUGUACUUAAAUCCCCGGAGUUUCCCUCGAAACGUUGUAAAGUCAUUUAAGCUCCGCACAUCCAUGCCCACUAACGUUCCGGAAGAGAACGCAAUGUGCCUUUCGCAAGCCUCGAAAUCGAAACUGAAAUCGCAUCCUGCAACCGAUACGGCUGGAGAAACGAUAUAGCAUUUAUCUGCCCGAGAACCACAUUUUUAUAUAUAUAUAUCUGAGUAUUUCAGCAUUUUGCUCUCUCUCUUCUUGUCAAUAUUGAUUUGUGUGCGUGUGUGUUUGAUUUUUUUUAACCAGCCCAUAAAACAUUGUUCGAAUAUAUACAUAUAUACGCUAAGAGCUAAUGUUAAAAAUCGAUAUAUAUAUAUAUACACAUAUAUUUUUUAUAAAAACAAACCUAAUUCUAAGCAAAAGCGAAACAACGAAGGUGUGAAUCGAAGGGAGACAGAAAACGAAAGAGAAAGAGAUGGAGUUAGGCGGAAAAGCAUAUAUACAAUUUGGACAUAAAUAUUUUUUAAACAUUUACAUUUUACAUUUGUGUGAAAAGUUAUACGCUCCAGACAUACACAUAUGCAUAUAUCUAAACACAUUCCCGAUUUCGAAAA